GUCUGGCUGCGAGCGAGUGACUGUAGUGGAGUGAAAGUUCCCUUAGCUGCCGCCCGCCUGCGAAUGCUGCAGACACCAGUGCAGACCGUUCGCGCCGAAGGAUAGUACUGCCGCUCUGACGCCUUUGUUCUGCACCGGCAGGACUCAUUGAUCAGUGUUCGCGCUGUGCCACCGUGCUGAUUUUACAGACUUUUCCCAAGGGACCGUAGGGCGCUGUGUCGCCGCGAUGGUGCCGAAAACUGUACUUUGUCUUGCCCUGUUUGUCACUGCCGCCCUUGCUGCUGGCGAGAGGUCCCCCAAUGUCGUUUACCCGACGAAGAUCAAUUCGACGUGGAUCGCCCCGUCAAAUAAUAACACGACUGACAAACCGAGACCUGGCAGCAGAAAUAGAGAGCAGUACCUGUUCAACGUUUUUGAAGUGAUCGUGUCCACCCUCGAGUCCAAACUGCAGAGGAUAGAGAACUUGGACAAGGCCGUGGAGCACCUGAUGCGACGCGUUGAAAAUCUGGACAACAGAGUCACAGAUAACCUGGACAAAACCGACUCGGUGAUUCAGAAGCUGAGAUCGUUGGAUUUGCGGCUCUUCCAAGGUGGUCUCCGCGGUUCUAAUAGCGCAGAGAGCACUUUGAGAGGCACCAAUACUAAAGAUGCGGUCGAGUCGUUGGACAUGCGACUCGUUUCGCUCAACAAGAAGGUGACCGAUAUCGACACCAAGUUGAAUGGACUCAAGAAUCAGCUUGACUCCAACUUCUUGCCAGCCGACGACAUCAACGCUGAAGCUAGCGAGAAAAAGACGAUGAGCAUCGACAUCUCCAAAGCUAUCAAUGCCGAAAUCAUGCAGCACAUUUCUCGCGAAUUCGACGGCCUGAAGAACACGGCCACCAACGUCGAGCGCAAGUUGAAUGUGCACAUGAAUUCAGUGCAUGAGCAAAUGAACAGAGCCCUUAACAUGAUAACCGAAAUUAAAGAAGCCGUGGUCGAGCCAGAAGUUAAAAACACUACUCUGCUAAGAAAUAGCAAGCUGGACAAAUUGGCUAGGCAAAUGUCACCUAUCAUCGGCGUGUCCGAAAAGAUGGACGAGGUGUGGGACGUGGUUGUCGGCACAAAAAGCUCUGUCGACGGUCUCGUGCCAAAGUCUGACGAACUUUUGACGCAGACGCAACGCCAGGAACGUGCCAUUAACGACAUCCACGCCGAUCUGCGAGUCAAGACGAACAAAAUCAUCCAGAACCUGGACAUGGUGGAGCAGAGGCUGAAGAAGCAAGAGGAGCGACCCGUGCCAGCCGAUUUGCUUUUGGACCCAACCAUCGAUCGUCUGGUCGAAUACGACCCCGCUAGGUACACCGUUGACGGCGCUUUGCCAACCCCCGACGAAAUCGUGCCUCUCACAACCCAAACGACCACGACCCCUAGACCCAGCCCAACUACAACCACGACAUCGACCGUUGCCACGGCUAGCACACCUCUGCCAGUGCAAGUUGCCGCCGCCCCGAGCACCUCUGGGGCCGCUGUAAAUAGGAUCAACCCGUCGAGGAACAGGAUAAUCUUCCCUAGUGUCAAGAAUAAACCGUCUCCAGCCAACACCACCUUCACGUCGGAAAUAAUUGCCAACGUCAAAGACGUCAAAGGGUACUCAUGCGUCGACUUGCUGAAUGCUGGUAUGAGAGAGUCGGCCGUCUAUUAUUUGCAAAUCAGAGGCACCACCUACUGGUAUCUAAAGGUGUACUGUGAACAAGAGGUCGCCGAUGGUGGAUGGACUGUCAUUCAACGACGAGACGAUUUCGGCGAGCCCAGGGAAAACUUUAACAGAGACUGGAGUGACUAUAAAAACGGCUUCGGCGACCCGAGCAAGGAAUUCUGGCUGGGCAACGAAAACAUUUACAUGCUGACCAAUAACGAAGAGUACAUGCUGCGAGUCGAGUUGGAGGACUUUGAAGGAAAUAAGAGGUAUGCACAGUACUCGCACUUCAAGAUUUACUCAGAGGGCGAGUAUUACAAGCUAGAAAUCGACGGAUACGAAGGCAACGGCGGCGACUCGUUAAAUGAUCCCUGGUACGGAAGCAACAACAGCCCAUUUUCGACAUACAACAAAGACAAUGACAGAUCAAGUUUGAACUGCGCCUCAAUGCUCAAAGGAGGUUGGUGGUGGAAAUCGUGCGGAAGAGGUCUGAAUGGCCUUUACCUCAACGACCCACAGGACCUCACAGCCAGACAAGGCAUUGUCUGGUUCAGAUGGAGAGGAUGGGACUACACAUUAAAGAGAGCAAGCAUGAUGAUCAAGCCAAAAGGAGCAGUCACGUCGCCCUAAUUGAUCGCAAAACGCUUUCUCAGCAAAGUACUGUCAAUUUUUAAGUACUUUGCAUCACCUCACAAAGAUACGACGAUGAUAGAUUUAUAAUUUCAAUUUCACCCAUCAUCCCCCCUCCCCUGUUACCGACAAACAACCGCACUCAUCAUCGACUAACUACCCUCUUCAUCAAAUCUGAGACUAAGCAAGCACCGGCCACAGAAAAAUUCAGCAGAGAUGGAAUUUUUAACGAGGCAAAAACGUUGGGUUCCUUCCCUGGAGCGAACCAUCCUAGAGGCUAUGAGAACGAAAACAACUCUUUUCUUACUUGGCAUACAAGACAAGAGCUCUCUUCUUAAUUUUAUUAGUGACUAACCUUUGAAGUGGCUAGUGAGACAAUUUGUGAACAUGGGCGUUAAUUACACAUUUUAUUGCGUUUCGACACCCGUAAUAUAGGUAAUGAAAUACUAAAUAUUAUCUUUAUUUAUACAUUUUGCGCAUCUUAACAUGUAGGUGUGAAAAGCAAACACGUAUACACUUUCUCGAGAACUGCAUCAAAAUUGAUUGGAGUUAAUAUAUUUAACACUGACGUGCCUUAAAUAUGAAUUGAUGUACAAUAUAAUUUAAGUUUCAUCCUAUUUUAUGUACCCUCUCCCUACGUGUUUGUCACCAGUUUCAAUUUCGUUUGUCAUCAUCAUCGCGCCCCUAAUUUUAGAGUGUAAUUUUAGCGAAUAAAGAGCGGAGGAAACAAUAUUAUGCUGAUGCAAAUUGGACACACGGCUUUCUGUCAAAUUUGGGUUAGUGAACUUGCUGUUCGCACGAUUGGCGCCUCACAGGGAGAUAUUAUCACAUUUUCGAGGCGCCAUGCCCUUCAGUUAAUCAAAGUGGUGACGGUAUACAAAACGCGAUUUUACCACUGGCUAUCGAAAUUCCUCUUUAAUUGCGUCCCUAAGCAUUCUCACGUCUGUCAAUUUGACUUUCAACAAAAGCAAGACUCGGAAUUUAUUAUCUGUACUGGUUGUUGUAAAUAUGCUGUAUAAAUAAGAUUUUUUUAAUAACAUGAA